AUGUCUGCAGUCUGCACCCUGAAAUGUGCAUGGAUUUUAUUCCCUUUAGUAAUCGAUGAUGCAUACUUGCAGGUUUACUCUUCCAGUUUGGUAGAUGUGGAGAGGGAUUAUUUGUCGAUAGAUAAAAGAUAUCCUAGACUCUUUGUGUCCCCAGAAUUUUCCAAGGCUGUUGUGAACUGGCCAAAGGAGAAUCUUAAACUUCCAAUCCAUUCACCCGUCAGUUUUGAGCAUGAUUUUAUUGAAGAAGAGAGGCUAACCGAGCUGAAAGGUUCGUCUGCUGAGCUUUUGGCUGAAGAAACCACAAAAUCUGGAAAUACAGUGUGGAGUGCAAAGGUAAUUAAUUUUUUAUUUAAAAUAAUUAAGUUAUAUAAGCAGUGUAGUGAUGGUGUUAACAAAUUUUUCCAUGGUGUUGAAGUAAUUUUUUUUUUUCAGCAAGUAAAAAUUUUAUUAAUGAGAACUAGGCAUAGCCCAAGUACAUGGGACAUAUACAAAAGCAGCAACUAGGCCUGAUUGGCUGGGGAAGACUUGAGCACUUAUAUUGUAUAUUGUAUGAGCAAGUUUUAAGUCCACGAAUAAUCGUACCUUUUGUUUCUCACUCUUAGGGAUGAAG